GCGCCGUCGAGAUCACGUCGGGCAUCGCGCUCGGCGGCAAGCUCGCGGUCACCGGUCUGAUCCACUCGGCGCAGGACGGCGACCCGGGCCGCUUCGCGACGUCGCUCGUGCGCGCGUCCGACGAGGCCGUGUCCGGCGUGCUCGGCGGCUUCGUCGGCGCGGGCAAGCAUGUGGUGGGCGGCGUCUUCGGGGCCGCGCGCGGCGCGGCGACGGGCGUCGCGAGGGGAGCGGGCGCGUUCGCGCGCGCGACGCUGCUCGACGGCGACCCCCUGAAGGGCGUCGCCGACGGCGGCCGCGUGUUGGGCCGGGAUUUGGUCGGCGCCGCCCACGACCUGUCGGGCGGCCUCUACGCGGCGUCGGAGGACGUCUACACGGGCGCGGCGCGAGGCGCGGACCGCGCGGUCCGGGGCCUCGGCCUCGACCAGCUCGGGUCGCGGCCGCCGGAGCCGCCGCCGCCGCCGCCGCCGCCGCCCGAGGAGGAGGUGUAUGAUAUCGAGAUCGAGACGCCGGCGACGAGCCGCCGCAGCUCCGUGCGGAACCGGGCCAAGGCGCGCCGCACGUCGCUGACGAUCCAGGCCGCGCUCGGCAACGGCCGCUGCGGCGACGACGCCGACGCGCCGGAGACGUUCCGGGACCGCCUGGUGCGCUACGACUCGGAGAAGCCCAACACGACUAAUAUUUAGCCUUC